CGUCAACUCAACUUUGCAAUGAUAACUUGCCUGAGAUAUUGCUUUUAUUCCGUGCUAUUUGUAUGUGUCUGGGCGGACCAGCCAACGGAAGUAGGGAAACAGCAACGAGAUUAUGAUCAUGCGUCGGACGCUGAACCAUCCGUAAAUAACACGUCACUCAUUAUCGUAGGCGCAUCGGACGAUCGCGAGAAUCUCACUAGUGUAGUAGAUAUAUUGAACAACGAGCGGACGAAGCACAAUGAAAGCCACCUUUACGGUGCAAUAGAAGUGCAAUGCAUCGCUGGCGACACGGGACAAGAAUCCCAAUGCAAUCUCACUGCUAAGUGUCUCACCUUCAGUGAGUUUGCCUCUCUCUACCACAGUUCCUCUAUUAGUCGUGAGGAGCUGUUGUCUAGCUGUGAGCAGGUGAUACUGCAGGAGCCAUUAUGCAGGCAAGCCGAGACAAGAGAGCAGCAGGAGGAGGAGGUGAUGACGUACACCUCGUCCACCGCAGAGGUCUGGAUAUGGCUUCCUGUUCGUCACCUCAUCAGCCUGUGCUCCCAUAACAGGAGUGCUCCUGCUGCCAAUCAUGGCCAAAGAACUGCCUUUGAACUGGAGCUGAUGGUAACCAUGGACUACUGUGGAAGGCCCGCACGGGAUGCUGGAAUCUACAUCUUCUUUCUGGUCGAUAAGUGCUCAAGGUGGCCUUCUAUAAGAAAGACGUGA